UCAUCGCAAUCGUAAUCGUCAUCGUCAUUCGUUCGGAUUGGAAGUGCGGGUGUUUUGGCGUCGCGUAAAAGACAAAACAGUUGUGAUUUUCUGUCUGCCGACGUGCGAUGCAAAAGCGAUAGGCCGCCCAUCGCUGUGCGUGAAGAAAGCAGCAGCAGCAAUUCUCCAGAUCCAGAAGAACAACAAAAAAUAGCAAAUCAAAAUGGCGCACCAGCAGCAACAACAACUGGCUCCAUCGGUCAACUGUUCACUGGACGAUAUCGAUCUGACGGCCCUAAAAGAUCCCGCUGGCAUCUUUGAACUCAUCGAAGUUGUGGGCAAUGGCACCUACGGUCAGGUCUACAAGGGCCGUCACACGAAGACUGGUCAAUUGGCUGCCAUAAAGGUGAUGGACGUCACCGAAGACGAAGAGGAGGAGAUCAAGCUGGAGAUCAAUGUGCUAAAGAAAUACUCGAAUCACCGCAACAUCGCCACCUACUACGGAGCCUUUAUCAAGAAGUCGCCACCGGGGAAGGACGAUCAGCUCUGGCUGGUGAUGGAGUACUGCGGUGCCGGAUCGGUCACGGAUCUGGUGAAGUCCACCAAGGGUCAGAGCCUGAAGGAGGAGUGGAUCGCGUACAUAUGCCGCGAAAUUCUGCGGGGCCUGAGCUACCUGCACUCGAACAAAGUCAUCCAUCGCGACAUCAAGGGGCAGAAUGUGCUGCUCACAGACAACGCCGAGGUGAAGCUGGUGGACUUUGGUGUGUCCGCCCAGCUGGAUCGCACGAUAGGCCGGCGCAACACAUUCAUCGGUACUCCCUACUGGAUGGCCCCCGAGGUCAUUGCCUGCGACGAGAAUCCCGACGCCACGUACGACAAUCGUUCCGAUCUGUGGUCCCUGGGCAUCACCGCUCUGGAGAUGGCUGAGUCACAGCCCCCGCUCUGCGAUCUGCAUCCGAUGCGGGCCCUCUUCCUGAUUCCGCGCAACUCGCCACCCAGGCUCAAAUCGAAGAAGUGGUCCAAGAAGUUCCACGGCUUUAUUGACACGGUGCUAGUUAAGGACUAUCACCAGCGGCCUUACACCGAGAACCUGCUGAAGCACGCCUUCAUCAAGGACCAGCCCACAGAUCGCCAGGUGCGCAUCCAGCUGAAGGAUCACAUCGAUCGCUGCAAGAAGCGCAAGCAGGAAAAGGAGCGCGAGGACUAUCGCUACUCGGGCUCCGACAACGACGACGACGAGCCGCAGCUGGCCGGUGAGCACAGCUCCAUUGUCCAGGCACCGGGUGGCGAUACGUUGCGCCGCAACUUCCAGCAGAUCCAGGAGGGUCGCCUGGCCGCCGAGCAGCAGCAGCAGCAGCAUCACCUGAUGGCCCAGGCACAGGCUCAGGCGGCGGCCGCUCAUGCCGCUGCCCAGGCUCAGGCGCAACUCCAGCAGCAGCAACAGCAGGCGGCGGCAGCAGCAGCGGCAGCCCAUGCAGCCCAACAGGCUCAACAGGCCGCCCAGCAGCAGGCGCAGGCCCAGCAGCCACAGGCCAAUCGCCAGCCGAAACCGCCAUCGCGCCAGCAAGUUGAGGAGCCGGGUCCGCCGGCAAGACCGCCACAGCGCCUGAUCGUGGUGCCGGAUCCGCCGCACGCCAAUCGGCCAUUGCCACCGACCCCCAAGUGCGGCGAGCCGGCGGGACAGACGCCGCAGCAGCAGCAGCGCAAUUCGCAGAAUAACUUCAAGCCAUCGUUACCACCAAGGAGACCUGAGGAUCAUUUGGAUGUGUUAGCAGCACAAUUAAGUGAAUUGGGCGUGGUCUUCUCCCAACAGCCACAGCCGCAGACAGCCGCCGGUGGCCAGGGAUCCCAGCAGCAGGCCCAGCCGGAGGCGCCUCCUCGCAACAAUCGUCAGUCGAGCGGUCUGUCCUCCUCCGGGGGAUCGGCAUCUGGAGGCGGUUCGUCCAAACCGGCCGCCGCACUGCCACAGCAGUCGAACAAUCAUCUGGGACAGCCGGUGAAUCCGCUGGAUCCGUUGGACAGCAGCGAUUCGGACAGCGAGCCGGAUGAGCCCAACGAUCGGGCCAGGAACGAUGGAACCCUACUGGCCAGCGAUCCGCCCAAACCGCUACCCGAAUUUUCAUAUAGGCCCGGUUUGGGACCCGUCUCCGAGGACGCCAAUACGACAAAUCCCCUGAGUCAUGGCAGCGGUGGGCCGCCCAACCGCCCACUGCCACCCACGCCCGAUGACGACGAUCAGGCCGGAGAUCGAACUUUGAUCAUGAAGCGCAAACUAGAGCAGAACAUAAACCGCCUGCAAAAGUCCGCCUCCACAUCGCAGGCGAAUGUGACUCCGUCGCGUCGCGGUGAUGAAUCCAAUUUGCUGAGGGACUGGGACUUCGAUCGCUUCUUUCCCAAGAACGGAAGCCCUGGUCCAAGGGGCAGUGGACGUGGCAGUCCCACCACCACUGCCAGCCUGAGCCGAAGCUCCCAGCUGAGUACGCUGAAGGUGGAGACGAAGCUGCAGAGGGCCAGUGUGGCGGAGGCCAUCACGAGACCCGUUCCCAGGGGUUAUCAGCCGCUGAAGGCGGCGGAACCAAGUGCCAGCCAAAGUAUUGCCAAAGAACAAGGAUCAGGAUCAGGAUCGGGAUCGGGAAGCGGAAGCGGAAGUGGCGGCUCCAAUACCACGGCGCAUAAGCGCCAGGAUUCGGAUUCCCGACUGCCGAUGAAUUUUGUGCGUGGCUUUCGACGCGAGAGCUCGGAUUUCUUCCCCCUGACCAAGCGACACUCGGCGGUGCUGAGUGGUUCUGCUGGUUCUGGAACCACGGCGGGAUCGGGAUCGGGAUCGGCGGCGCCCUCCACGCAGGCCCAUCAGCUCCAGAGAUCGAGUGCCGUGUACCAAAGGAACAGCAUUUACAACAGCAGCAUCAGCAGCAAGAGCAAGGAGAAUGCCCAACCAGGAGCAACGGCAGCAGCCUCCACAGGAACUGGUAAACCAGGAGCCAGUGCUGCCACAACUACUACUACUGCUGCCACUACUACUACUGCCACCAAGGGAGCUGCUCCGAAACCCUCCAAAUCCCUGGGCAACUUUAAUUUCCUGCGACUGCGUCGCGAAAAGACUGAAUCCGUCAUUGUGCUGCAAAAUGCUGCCGUUCGCGCCCAAAGGCAGCAGCAACUGCAACAGCAGCAGCAACUGCAACAGCAGCAGCAGCAGCAACUGCAGCAGCAACAGCAACUGCAGCAGCAACAGCAGCAGCAGAAUCGAGGAGGCGGCGGCGGAGGAGGCGGUGGCAGCAGCGGCGUGGGCGCCGAUGGCACUGGAUUGGGAACUCCUGGGACAAGGACCAGCAGCGUCCUGCCGGAUCUACUCAGCCAGGCGUCGCCGGCAACGCCACCACGCCAUGAUAAAUCAUCCAGUGAGGAGUAUCAGGCGGCCAUUAGCUCAUCCGUGCAUUCCACGCCAUCGAAAUCGUUUAUCGCUAGCAGCGGAAGCGGCGGCGGCGGUCUCGGUUUGGGGGGCGGUAGCGUUGUGGGCGGCGUGAUUACUAGCAGCAAUCAUUCGCCACAAUCGACUAUAUCGCUCGCCUCCUCGUCCUCGAAUUCGCGCCAGAAUUCGCCCAAGAAUUCGAUCAGCAAGACGCGCUCCUCCAGCAGUAUUACUAAUCUCUUGCACAAAUCUGCUUCUUCCUCCUCUGCGAACCUGCACCACCUGACGCCCUGCUCCUCGACGUCCUCGGCCUCGAUCUCCAAUCCGCUGCCCCCGCACGCCUACGCCCUGCAACAGAAGCAGCGCAGUUUCCUGACCUUUGGCUUCGGGGCCGGCGGCUCUGGUCCUUCGCGCCGGGAGUCGCAUGUCAAUGUCAACGUAACGCCCACCUCCCACGAGGCGGCCAACGAUACGCCCGAAAUCCGUAAGUAUAAGAAGCGCUUCAACUCGGAGAUCCUGUGCGCGGCGCUUUGGGGCGUCAACCUGCUGAUCGGAACGGAGAAUGGUUUGAUGCUGCUGGACCGAUCCGGUCAGGGCAAGGUCUACCAGCUCAUCUCGCGACGCCGUUUCCAACAAAUGGAGGUGCUAGAGGGUCAGAAUAUAUUGGUCACCAUAUCUGGAAAGAAAAACCGAGUGCGUGUCUACUACUUGUCCUGGCUCAAGUCGAAGAUCUUGCGCACCGAUGGACUCUCCGAUCAAGUGGAGCGUCGCAACGGUUGGAUUAACGUGGGUGAUCUACAAGGUGCUGUACAUUUUAAGAUUGUCAAAUACGAGAGGAUUAAGUUCCUAGUGAUUGCAUUAAAAGACUCUAUUGAAAUUUAUGCAUGGGCUCCCAAACCAUAUCACAAAUUUAUGGCAUUUAAGAAUUUUGGUGAAUUGGAACAUCGCCCGCUUUUGGUCGAUCUCACCAUUGAGGAUCAGUCGAGACUGAAGGUGAUCUAUGGCUCCGCCGAGGGUUUCCAUGCGGUUGAUUUAGAUUCAGCUGAAGUAUACGAUAUCUAUCUUCCCAAGCAUACUCAGGGUGCAAUCAUUCCGCAUUGUAUUGUGGCGCUUCCGAACUCGAAUGGCAUGCAACUGCUGCUGUGCUACGACAAUGAGGGCGUCUAUGUGAACACUGUGGGCCGGGUUUCCAAGAACAUUGUGCUGCAGUGGGGCGAGAUGCCCACCUCGGUGGCCUACAUUGGCACUGGACAAAUCAUGGGCUGGGGCAACAAAGCAAUAGAGAUACGUUCCGUUGAGAGCGGCCAUUUGGAUGGUGUGUUCAUGCACAAAAAGGCGCAGCGCUUGAAAUUCCUUUGCGAGCGCAACGACAAAGUAUUCUUCAGCAGUGCCAAAGGUGCUUCAUCGUGUCAAAUCUACUUUAUGACGCUCAACAAACCGGGCAUGGCCAAUUGGUAAACCAAUCCAAUCGACGUUAGAUGAUCGAUGAUCUUGGCAGGCAGCCUUCGAUCGACGCCCCAGCGAUCGAUUUGCUCAACCGGCAACAAAACAAAACAAAACAAAACAACCCCAUAAACAUUUUCUUCUUAUUUUACCACACAAGCAAAACGAAAAGAAAGUAUCUAAAGCGAACACAUAAAAGAUAAUUAGCUGAUUUAAGUGAAGAGUGCAUAACGUUUAAGUGAGAUAUCCUAAAACAGAUACACCAACAACAACAAAAACACACCUACAAACAACCCGAGAUCAUGAAAAUGUGCUUAUGAAAUUCACCACGACAACGUUUCAAUUAGUAAAUGUGCUAAGAAAACUCGAUCAACACGAGCCCUAUAUAUAUAUAUAAAAAAAUAAUCUACUUAAUAUUUAGAGACGAACAUUUCAAGCUCACUCGUCGAGGUUUUUUGUCAGAUCUGGUCAGAAAACGAAAGCAACCGCAAUUAAAGCAAUUCGUAUCCUCCAUCCUUUCGAUGUAUAUGUAUAUUGACGUUACAUAACUGAACGAACACACCCAGCACACACACACACGAUUCAGAUUCAGAUUCAUUUCAAAUGUCGUUUCACGAUUGUGUUUGAUUUCGCUUACAAGUUAAACUUAAGUUGAAAACCAGCAGCGCAGCAGAGAAAGCCACAAAAUAUAUGCGAGUAUAUCGAAUUUUCUACACAAAGCAGAAAAUAUAGAAGAAAAUAAUAUAUGCAGUUAGUUUUUGUUCUUGAUAUUAUCAAAUAGAAUUUAUUUGUGCGUUUCCGAUGAUGAAAACAUGUUAGGUGGAGAGAGCAAAGGGUACAUUUAUACAUAAAUUAUUGUCUGCGCGCUAAUUUUAUGGAAAUGAAUAUGGAAAUCGAAGCGAAGCAAAGCAAACAAAAACCCACAUAAAACGCCAUUGUAAAAACUAAGUGAUAAACGAGUAAAUAAUUGAUAAAUGUAAAAUAAAGCCGAAAGCAACACAAACCCAAGCAAGCUUGCAACAAUUGAGGAUAUCUAAUGGAAAUAAAUAAAAAAAACGCACCAUGACGUUUGCGAGGAGAGCUACCUUAAUAACGAAAUUGGAGGGAAUUACAAACGAGAACCUAGUUAAGCUGCAUUUUUUACUGAACUUUUAUACAGAGCCAGGAGAAUGAUGAGAUAAAAAAAGAAAAAAAACAAACGUAUGAACGAAUCGAGGAGGGAAAUUAAACCAAAAUUCUAUAAAUCGUAGCAUGUUAAAAUUGAUAACCAUUUACGAACCAUCUCCGCUUGUUGUACUGUGUGCAUUUUCUUUGUGUUUUUACUAGCUUCAAUAUCAAAAGUGGUCAUGUUGCAAUAUCUCUAUAUCGAGUGCAUAUAGAACCCAUCCCCAACUGGCGCACACUGAGAACAUCCCCCAUGGAACACUAAUUCUGCCUUAUUUUGUGUUGUUUGCGUGAUUUCGUCCCACUCCUCUUCCACACACCACCACACCCUCCACACGAUAUAAAAAGAAAGUCUCAUUAAGAAGUAUAUUUAAAAUAUUGUUUGUUUUUGUGUUAUAAAAUGAUUGUACGCCCCCGUAUUUAAUAAUGUUCAUCGAAGCAAAAUGGAAAAGAAAAGUGCACUAAAAUGCACAUCUAAAA